AUGAGCAUCCGCGAGAAGACAGUGUACAAUGCGCUGCCCAAGCUUCCAGGUUUCUCGUUCGCAGAGCUGCAGCACCCUGUAACGCAUGGCCGUCGACAGUACUGCACCAUCGACGAUAAAGGCACGCGGACCGUGAAGAAUGCGGCGGCGCUCGACGGCUCCGCUAUAGCCACUGCCUCGGCACCUGAUGGGUGUGGUAUCCCGAUUCGCAUCAUUCUCCAGCACUUCCCAUCGUGGCGAACGCUAGAUGACAAGGUGCUGCGCUUCUUCGCCUACUACACGGAAGAUGUGGUGGCAAGCAGCAUCGAGACAUGGCGAGUGCGCAAGGUGAAGUUACACUAUUUUCUUGCUGACGGAUCGCUGGGCAUUGUGGAGACGCCGGCGGUGGCGAACAGCGGUCUGCAGAAGGGCACUAUCGUGUCGCGCUUCAGACCAGACGGGGUGGAUGUGUUCCGGCUCUGCAUCGGUGCCUCCAUUCCGUGCCGCGGGUUGGUAUGCAAGCUUGUCGACUGCGACGCUUUUACGCGCGAGUUUUUCGAGGUCAUGGGAAUGCCACAACCCGAGCCGCUCGGGUACCCGCAAGACGACUUCGAGGCCCGUGCCAUGUGCCGCCCCGACAAGAUGGAUGAGCAGCACAUUGAAAUGAGGCGCGUGAUUGAGGUACAGGCGGCAACACGUGCGGGCACUCAUGCCAGCCUCCUUACUCCCGCAGAGCGAGCAAAGGCGCGCGACUUCUAUGAAUACGACCGCAACGUGCUGCGCUUCUACGCCGUCUGGGAAAAGAGGAAGUUUCGCAUCUACUUCUAUCUGGCGGAUGGCAGCAUUGCCGUGCUCUUCGACAAGGCAGAGAACGAUGGCCGCGACCCGUACCCGGUCUUCGUGCGCCGCCGCCGCAUCCCGAAAGAGGCGCGUGCGGUGCUUCUCUCCUCCGAAACGCUCAACCGCCCGCAGGGUCCAGUACCGGCGUGCCUUGCAGCGGAGGAUCUUCGCACCGGCACAUCGGUGGACAUCUUCACAAGGCCCUUCUUCAUCUACGAUUGCGACGAGCACACACGGGCGUACAUGGAGGCGCGAAACAUCCCCCAGCCGGCCGUCCCCGCGCCACCCUGCGAAGAAGACGAAAUCACGGUGGGCAAGCGUCGACCACGGCUGGCCAAGGAGGCACGCAAUGCUGCCGGUGACUCGGGCAAGCGCUUCGGUGCUUCGACGAUGGUGUUUGACGAUUCUGCUGCGGGAAAGGACGCGGUGAAGAUGACCCGCUACGCGCACGAUGUCUUCCGCUUCAGUGCCGAGCUGGCUCAGUCGUCGGAAGAGAACGAGGGACGUCGGUUCAUGAUCUGCUACUACCUCGCAGACGACACCGUGUCCGUGUACGAACUGCCGGUGCGCAACAGCGGCCACCUCGGUGGGAAGAUUUUUGCGCGCCGUGCCGUGGAGAACGUGAAGGAUCCCACGCUGCUGAAGGUGGGCACCACCAUUCGCCUAGACGGCGUUGACUACCUCCUCAAAGAGAUGGAUGAGCGGACGAAGCGGUACCUCGAGAUGGGAAUGCCUAACAUGGAGGAGGCCUACUUUCGCACUCAGGAAAUUCUCGGCAUAGUGGCGUCGUACCUGCAGCAGCAGUUUUCCCGCAUAACCGAUGCCUUCCGUCACUACGCCUCAUCGUCGACGCAAGGGCUGACGCGAGAGAACGUGGGCGAGAUACUGAGUGACGCCGGCGUACAUGCGACGGACGCGGAGCUGACCAACGUAAUGGAGCGCGCCGACGGCGACAAGGAUGGGUGGGUGUCACUAGCUGAUUUCACGGAGCAACUCAUGCAGCAGCAGUUUAUUUCUACCUUCAAGCCGCGCGAGUCGCAGAGGGAGUGGGGCGACAUCCGCAACGGCGUGACGGUGCAGCGGGGGCCAGUGCAGAGCGUAAUGAUGCUGGCGAAGAAGGCCGAUGCCAAGGCGCAGGCGGACGCUGCCCUGCAGCGCUUCCUUACACUCAUCGAGGCACGCCGCACGCUCGCCAUCCGAUCCUUCCGCAGCGCCUCCCAGUCUGCGUACGACGGUAACCUGGACAUGUCUGAGUUUCAGAACUGCGUGAAGGAUCGCCUCAAGACACCUAUGACAGACGACGAGAUUGGGGCGCUGCUCUACAAGUUCUACUACACCCCAGGGCUGAACGACUGGACGGCGAGGCGACUUUCAGUGCAAGAGAUUCAGCGUAUUCUUCUCCUGUGA